AUGUCGAAUUUAGAUGACGAUGAAGCUCUUUUUGAAGAUUUAUAUGGAGAUGAUGAACCAAAAGAAGAGGUCAAGGAAGAAGUGAGUACGAGUGAUAAAAAUGUUGAAUCAGAACAAAAAGAUGAACAAUCACAAGUUGAACCAGCCCCUGAAGCAUCAACUAUACCUUUGCCACCACCAACCACAACAUCUCAUGAUUCAAGUCAAACUGACUCAAUACCACCUCCUCCUCCAACAAACACGGGCUCAAAUGAUAUCGCUCCUGCCGCUGCUGAUGCUGCUAGUGCUGCUAAUACAACAGAUGGUACACAAUUGCCUGGGCCACCACAAUUUAAUUUCGAUCCUGCUCAAUAUGCUCAAUUUGCUGCUGGAAUGCAAGGAAUGCCAGGAAUGCCUCCAAUGGGUCAAAUGCCACAAAUGUCACCACCUGUCCCUCCAAUUCCACAAAAUACUGUUGGUGAUUCAGGUGGUAAAAUGUUUAUUGGUGGACUUAAUUGGGACACAACUGAAGAAGGCUUAUUAAAUUAUUUUUCUAAAUUUGGUGAAGUUGUUGAUUAUACUAUCAUGAAAGAUAAUGCAACUGGUAGAUCAAGAGGAUUUGGAUUUUUAACUUUUAAAGAUCCUGCAUCAGUUGAUGCAGUUAUAAAACAAGAUCAUGAAUUAGAUGGGAAAUUAAUUGAUCCAAAAAGAGCUAUAUCAAGAGAAGAUCAAGAUAGAGUUGGUAAAAUUUUUAUAGGAGGUAUUGAUCCAAUGGUAUCAGAAGUUGAAUUCAAUCAAUUUUUUUCAACUUUUGGAGAAAUUAUUGAUUGUCAAUUAAUGAUUGAUAAAGAUACUGGUAGAUCAAGAGGAUUUGGCUUUAUAACUUAUAGUUCACCAGAUGCAGUUGAUAAAGUAUGUGUAAAUAAAUAUUUGACUCUUAAAGGUAAAGCUAUGGAAGUUAAAAGAGCAGCACCAAGAGGUCAACAUAACCAACAAGUUGCUCUACAACAACAACAAGCCGCAGCUGCUGCCGCUGCUCAACAAGCUCAACAAGGUCAAUUUUAUAAUCCAUAUGGUGGUGCAGGAGCUGCUCAAUAUGGUGGAUUUCAACAAAUGAACCCACAAGAUUAUAUGAAAUGGUAUCAACAAUGGUAUAUGUAUCAACAAGCAGCUCAACAAGCAGGUGGAGAUCAACAACCAGUAGCUCAACCACUUAAUCCACAACAACAAGUUGACGCUGAAUCUGAACAACAGCAACCACAACAACAACAACCAAAUGCUCCAGCUAAUUCUGAUUAUACAGGUAAUGGAUCUUCAGCAUCACCUGAUUCUUCAAAUGUUGCUCCUGCUUCAUCAAGACCAAAUAUUCCAAGAGGUCCAAAAAGAUUACCUCCAAAUGGACCUUCUGGAGGGUUUAGAGGAAGAGGUGGUUACAGAGGUAGAAGUCGUGGAUUCCAUCCAUAUCGCGGUGGAGGUGGAAGAGGAAGAUAUUAG